AUGGCGGCCAAAUCUCGACAGUACACCGGUAAGUAAUAAACAAAUAUCAUUGAAAUUGCUUGUGAGUUUGUUAUAAUAACAAAAAUAUAAGUAGAACCGAAAUAUUAAAUUUGUGGUUAGAGUUUUAUCUCUUUAAAUGCAAGAAAAGUUAAGACAUUUUCCGGGCAAAUCCCAUCGAGCACGUGCGAAGCUGAUCAGAAGUGUUUUAAAAUCACGUGCUCAUCACUCGCCAAUUUGAUAAAAACUUCAAGGUCUGAUUCCGUCGUUCGGUAAAUAUUUUGAAGGAUUUUGUUAUUUCUAUUUUAUGUUUUUGUCAAAAUGGUUGAUCGUUCUCGCUAUCCAGCUUCGUUUCCAUCGAAAAGUUUAGUAAAUAUGCCAGUGUGCUUGGCAAUGGUCGGUCUACCGGCAAGAGGAAAGACAUUUAUCGCAAGAAAGCUGGCAAGAUAUCUCAAUUGGAUUGGCAUAGAGACAAAAGGUUCGUAGAAUUAUAGCUGGUUUAGUGUUGUUUGCACGUUGGGUUGCAGGUAUAAGAAUAGUGUUGUUUGUUUGAAUAGGAUUCAAGUUACUAAAUUUGGCAACAAAAUACGCUAUAAAUAAGACUGAAACAUUGCCAAGUUACUAAUGAUAUUCAAAAUAUUUUUGAAUGUACGUGCCUUAAAAUAUAUAAAUAGUGUUUAUUGUGACUCUGCCACUAAGUUAACAAUUUAAAAAGUACAUAUGUUUGCUUUUAAAAGAACAAAUUAAUAAAAGAUGAUUAAUCACCACAAAGAAUGCAAAAUAACUACAUUUUCAAAUUGCGACAAACGUGACCGCAACAUAAAGAGUUAAUAGAUUCAAACCAGUUACAGUUCUCCACUAUAUCAUGCUAUAUAGAAUAGUGUAAAACAAUUCUGUGAAGUACAUGACAGCCAUAUUGAAGUUGAGAGAGACAAAAACAUCUCAAUGUUGAGAGAAAAUGGAUUUUGGGGAGUUAGUAUAGUAUUAUACUACAUAGAUGAAUUUUCAAGGGGGGGGGGGAGCAAUUGCCAAGGAGUGUAUAGUGCAGCUGAGCAAGCUGUGGCAGAGGCCUGGGGAUGCAGUUUCUAGGGGUGGGUUAGAGGUAAGGACAGACGGUAAGUACAUACAGAGGUCUCACUUCUGCUGAAAAACUGUAAGGUAGUUUUUACUGGCUGGCCAUGUUCUUAGCAAGUGCCCUAAAGGGAGAAAGUCACCCCCCUGGAACAUUAAAUUAGAAUAUGUUUUCAGGGGGGUGAUGUCCUCUCUUUAGGGUACAUGCUAAGAACAUAGCGGACUGAAAAAAUCCCCCUUAUGCAAAAUUAACCUUAAGUGAGACCUCCUGUAUGUACUCAAACUGUGGUAAGGAGUUAGAAGUCCCUUUUUGUCGGUGGGGUGGGAAAAUGUUCUGAGGGGGUGCAAAAUAUCCCUAGAAAAUCUGUCCAUGUUAAUAUAAUAGAGCAAACAGUACAUACCAUUAAACUUUGGUAAUUUAAACUAUCAUGGUUUUUCAGUGUUCAGCUCAGGCAAUUAUCGCCGUGAUCUUUACAAGACACAAUGUACACACAAGUUCUUUGACCCAGACAAUCCUGAAGGAAUUGCUAUUAGAGAGUAAGUUCUCAAUUGGAUGUUUUUUGCAGUGUGCUACUGGCUGCACAGAUUCUUACACAGGCCUCAGCACAGCAAGCCAAGAACCUCGAUUUUUGCUAUAGAUUUGUUGUUUAUAUAUUAUUUAGGCAUUGUGCAAAGCUGGCCAUGAAUGACAUUGCUAUCUGGUUAAACGGCAAAGGUCAAGUUGCUGUAUGUGAAUAUAUUUUUUAUUAUUUGUCUGAAAACUAGCUGAUAUUACACCAUCAAGAUACCAUAAUGCAUCGAUACAAUCAAUCCUGCUGUCAUUGACUGUAAAAUUAAUAAAAAAUAUUUGUUCUCAGAUUUUUGAUUCAACAAAUGGUACCAGGAAACGACGUGAAAAAGUGAUUCAGUUUUGUAAACAGAAUUCCUUCAAGGUAUGUAUAAACUUGAAGUAGUUUGGACUGUAAAAAGAAUCUGAAUGACGAUCUUUAAUUUCUAUAGAAACUGUUGUUUUUUAUUUAUAGUUGUUAUUUAUUGAGUCAUUUUGUGAUGAUCCAAGUAUUGUUCAUUCUAAUAUUAUGGUGAGUUAUUAUAUUUCAAUGUCAUUAUCAUAAACAGAGAGCAGGGACAAUUAGAAUUAACGCUUGAGUAUUUUUUCUGACUGCACAGGAAGUGAAAGUGACCAGUCCUGAUUAUAAAAAUGUCUCACCAGAACAAGCAUGUGAAGAUUUUAAAGCAAGAAUUAAACUUUAUGAAACACAGUACGAACCUCUGUGUUUAACAAAAGAUGAUCAAGUGCGAUUUCUGAAAGUCGUCAAUACUGGAAGACGAUUUGUUGUGAAUCGAGCUGAAGGUGGGAGAAUAAUUGUUGUAAAUGUUGUAACUAUCCAGUUGAAUUAGCUACAAUAGAGACAGAUAUCCAUUUUAAGUAUAGAGAUCAAGUCAUGUUGAUAUGUAAAAGAAUAUAGAAAUUGAAUUUGUUAUUUAAGGUUGUGUGAUUUGCAUUCUUCUAGGCUAUGUUGAAAGUAAAGUUGCGUACUAUACUAUGAACAUUCAUGUUGUUUCCAGAUCAAUUUAUUUAACAAGAGUAAGUACUUUACUUUCCAAAAAGCUACUAUGACUUGAAUCAGGACUUCUUCAAAAAGAUAAAAAGCAUGUUAAGGUUUCAAGCAAAUAAGCUCUUUUCUCAAUAGUCCAGUACUGGCCGCUCUGCACUCGUUUUGCCUCAGGAAGAGGCCACACUCUGGCUCCUCCCCCACCCCUCCCAUCAUAGGGGUGAGCAAGGGAGGGGCCAGAAUUGGACUACUCUCGGAAGAGAUUAGUAGCAACCAUUAUCAUGUUUUCUCAUGUAGCAUGGAGAAAGUGAAUUCAACUUGAAAGGCCGGAUAGGAGGUGAUUCAGACCUCUCACCACAUGGGCAAAAGGUAUGGAACAUGAAAAAAUGAAUUCUUUUUAUUUGGAGCUGUUUUGGACAAUUUUGUUUAUUUUUAGUUUGCAGAAGUCCUUGGUGAGUUUGUCAAUAAACAAAACCUUGAAAACUUGAAGGUAAAGCAUCAUUUAUGUGUUUUUGUCAGUUGUCUGAUUAUAAUUUCACCUUAGAUGAAUGUCCAAAUGAUUUCACUCUACCAAACACAAUAGAUUUUCUGCAAAUAUGCCGGUAUACACAGUGACAAAGCAAGCAUGUGUUGUAGCAAUAAAGGAAAGGACCUUACUGGAUCUCUAGACCAAUUUAGAACUGGUAUGCCAAUAGUUGUUUCUGAAUUUUGACAGGUGUGGACAAGUCAGUUGAAAAGAACAUCACAGUCUGCUCAACACAUCAAAGCAUCAGCAGAACAAUGGAAAGCUUUGAAUGAACUUGAUGCUGUAUGUGACAGCUAGUGAUCUGAUAUUAGAGCAUUAAGAUUUUUACUUCCACUACCAUUAACCAAUCAUGGGCUUAGGGAUGGAUUUACUGCCCUGGCCAGAGGGGGUGCAGGGGGGGUGUGUGCUAUUUUUCAUGAUAAAGCAAAAAAUUAUUAGAGACAAAAUGAGAUACAGUAAUUUGAGUAAUAACAUGAUGAUAAGCGAAAUGUGAACAACAAUUAUUACAAUUCAAAUACAGUAGUGAAGCAAGAUUUUGCAGUAGUGAAGCAAGUUGAUGGGCGGGUGGCACACAUGACUGACACAACUCAGCACCAGAGCUGGCAGAGCACACCCCCUCCCCUACCAGAUCAUGCUGGAUCCAUCCCUGCAUGGGCUAGUAUUUCAAAGGUCGUGGGUUCGAUUCCCACCGUGGCCAGCAUAUUUUUCAAGCUUGCCCAGUGUGGAUAUACACUCAGAGUAACAUCACAAACAUCAAUCUGAUGCAUUUAAUCUACCCAAUUAACCAAUGAAAUACCCGGGAGUGAUAGUCAAAUCUUAACCUCUCUACUAAACGUGACCGUUGGGGUAAAUUUCUCAAUUUAAAUUGUCGUUGUUAAUAUCGACCCUUGUCGCAUUAGGGUGUGUGUGAUGGCAUGACCUAUGAAGAAAUUCAAGAAAAAUAUCCCGAGGACUUUGCGAGACGAGAUCAAGACAAGUUUCAUUAUCGCUAUAAGAGAGGAGAGGUAUGAACGACAACCUUUGAGAAUGCUCUACCAACCAGGCAUGAUAUAUUUCCAAUGUAUUACCUCACUAAGUCCUCCUUGAUGUUAUUUCUACUUAAAUCUUUACGCAGUUUUUCCGUGAUCUGCUGCGGUUGUUUUCCGUUGUUUUCUAUUUCUUGCUCUCCUCGCUAACUUCUCUAUUUUUUCACAGUCUUACGAAGAUAUUGUCAUUCGUUUGGAGCCUGUGAUAAUGGUAAAUAGGAAUCAUUUAAAGUGUUUCUGGAAAUGUCCACAUUAAAGAAUGACAUACUGUAAAGUGUAAAGCCCUGUAGAUAUAUGUAGUGUCUCCAAUUCAGGAUUACCAGGAGCAGCUUAGCCCGCGUGCAGGCCCAAGGGAUGAGCAGCUUUGUGAUUCCUGUGCAGCGCUCUAACUGCAACUGAGCUACAGAGUCCAGUUGUCAAGCUUUAACCGCGAGUUCAUGUGAAUUUAUAGUAAGGUGACUGAUGAAAUGUGAGUACAUUCUAACUAUUAUUUACUGUUGCAGGAACUAGAACGGCAACAAAACGUUCUGGUAAUAUGUCACCAGGUGGGUCUUGUAGAACCAGAUUUCUUCUGAAGUUUCAUACUGUGUGCUCUAUAACAACAUGGUUCGUCUCAAUAUUCUUAUCUCUUACAGGCAAUCAUGAGAUGUCUACUGGCGUAUUUUCUUGAAGUGAAGAAAGAAGAAUUGCCUUAUCUGGCAGUUCCGCUUCACACCGUCUUUAAGCUGACGCCAGUUGCUUACGGUAGAUUACAUUUAGUUUGUUUUCCCUCUUUAUUUCCGCGUUACAAUUUCCAUAUAUUUUCGAGCGUAUGUCUGUAAUGACAUUUCCGAUAUGAAACCGUUGCUUUCUUUUUAAAAGGUUGUAAAGUCGAGAAGUUUCCUCUUGGAAUCGAGGCAGUGAACACACAGCGAGAACGACCAAAGGUUAGUACAAAUCUUUAACCAUGUCACCAUGUGAGAAGAAUGCUUCCAGUUUGACUCUACCAAACGCGCAGGUCAGUUUCUCCUGCAAGUACUCUAGUUUCCUCUUGUGGUAAUACUUGGCAAACCAGGGAUGGUCCAAGAGCAGGAAAAAAUGAUUUUCUCCUUGGGAGCACAACCUGGAGAAUUAAAUUUCCUGCAAACCAGAGUAUUUUUGUGCUAAAUCUCGUGUGCAUAAAAAUAUAGUGUUUUAGCUGACCAUGGUUUUAAAUUCAAAGAAUGUCUGUCAACCAUAUGUUGUUGCGCCCAUAGUGGGACAUGGGUGUUAAGGUUUCCUUCAAAUUUUCAAUGGCAAAUCUUCAUUGAAAUGAAUUUCCUGCAGCUGUUUAACAUUUCCUGUGAGCAGUGCUCGCCUAUUUUUUCCACCCCUAGAUGGUCUUUCCUGGACCUUAAUGUGAUUUAAUUUUCAUAAACAGAAUGUUCAAGUCGGAAGAAAACCCGAGGAUGCCUUGGUUACUGUUCCACCACAUGUGAUGUAA